AACCACCACAAGCAUAUAGCCACUCACUCUUCCAAUUUUUUAAAAGUCAAAAGUUGGCCCUCUUUUGAUAAUUUCUCCACACUACAAAAAGCCAAUUUACAUUGCAAAAAUAUUCAAGAAAUCAACUUCUUUUCUCAUUUUCUUGUACACAAAAAAUGCUAGGCAAGAAGUUUGGUUCAAUGAAGAAAUUAGCCAAAAAGGCUAAGGUUAUUAGAUCACCAAGUGCUAAUUCUAUUUAUAGCCAUGAUGAAUCCCAACAUCUUGAAUAUUUACUUGUUAAGGAUGAUCAUGAUCAUGAUCAUGAUGAUCAAGAUCAAGAUUAUCAAGGGGUUAGUCCAACAAGUGCUAAAUCAUCAAAAAAGAUGGGAACAUUUGCAGUGUAUGUAGGGGAAGAAAGGGAGCGAUUCGCGGUGCCAACGAGCUAUCUUUCACAUCCAUUGUUCAAGAUUUUGUUGGAGAAGACAUAUAAUGAGUUUGGUUUUGAGCAAACAAAUGGACUUGUGGUUCCAUGUAGUGUUGCUGCAUUUCAAGAAGUGGUCAAUGCUGUGGAGUGUUGCAAUGGGAAGUUUGAUUUUGGUGGCUUGGUUGAGGAAUUUCUAUAAUUAGGUCUAUAUUAUUCAAGGUCUUAUAUAUUCACAACUACGUACAACGUUUCAGUCUCGAACAAGUUGGAAUCAAUUACUUUUCUAACUAGAGUGAAAAAAUAGCAUUUGGUGAAAUAGAUUUUAAAAGGAUUAAAUCAUAUAUUAAGGAGGUAAUUUACAAUUUAAAGUCUUAGUUACUUUUGUACCAAAGAGAUAGUGUAAAUUAUUACACCUUUAAUAUCAUAGGUAAUUAAGCUUCCUUUUGUGUUUUUUUUCCCAUGAGGAGAAAUAUCAAUUGAGAGAAGUAAAUCUUGUUGUUUAUCAACUAGCUAAAUUGUAAAAUUUAAGUGACCAGACCAAUUGAAAGAGAAAUGUAAUUGUUAAUUAUUUACUUUUUGCCCUUUCAAAUACAUUAAGUGGUACAUUAAGACCACUUUGAGAAUGUUUAAACUCGUUCAAACAGUCAGUCUCAGAGUUAAAGUCGAAGUCAGAUAAAAAAAAAUAGUUAUGUAAGCUGAUAUUUACCUUAAAUAAACUAAGGAUGUACACUUCUAUCGUUUUAA